UUAGAGGGGAAUGAUGAAAUUAGAUAAAAAAUAAAGUGGAAGAGUGGAGGACCGCACCCCCCAGCAUCCCCCAAAAGCAGCAUGGCAGGACUCCAGCUGGUCACCCCCGCCUCCAAUCCCAUGGGCCCUUUCUUUGGUCUCCCGUGGCAACAGGAGGCCAUCCACGACAACAUCUACACGCCUAGGAAAUAUCAGGUUGAACUUCUUGAAGCAGCUCUUGAACACAAUACUAUUGUCUGCUUAAAUACUGGCUCAGGGAAGACCUUUAUUGCAGUACUCCUAACUAAAGAGCUCUCCCACCAAAUCCGGGGAGACUUAGUCGAACAGGGGAAGAGGACAGUUUUCCUGGUGAAUGCAGCAUCGUCUGUGAUUCAGCAAGCAGCUAGUGUUAGGACCCACUCUGAUCUCCAGGUUGGAGAAUACAUGUGUGUGGAGAAGACCUCAUCAUGGUCCAGGGAAAAGUGGAGCCAAGAAAUGAUUGAGAAUCAGGUGCUCGUUAUGACGUGCCAUAUCUUCCUGCAUGUGCUGAAGAGUGGAGUGUUGCCACUAUGGAAACUCAACCUGGUGGUGUUUGAUGAGUGUCACCUGGCAAUCACGGACCAUCCCUACCGGGAUAUAAUGAAGCUAUGUGAGGGCUGUCCGUGCAGCCCUCGGAUCCUGGGCCUCACUGCAUCCAUUUUGAAUGGUAAAUGUGACCCGUCUGAACUGGAACAGAAGAUCCAGAACUUGGAGCGGAUCCUGCGGAGCAAUGCAGAGACAGCUACUGACCUCGUUGUCCUUGACAGAUAUGCCUCCCAGCCCAGAGAGGUGGUACUGGACUGUGGACCCUACCUGGACAAGAGCGGCCUUUCAGAGCAUCUACUGAGCGAGCUGGACGGGGCUCUCCACUUCCUCAACGACUGCAACAUACCUGUGCCUCGAGAGGACAGAGACCCCACCUUCAUAUCCAAACAGGUGCUGAGUGACUGCCGGGCGGUGCUGCUGGUGCUGGGGCCGUGGUGUGCCGACAAGGUGGCUGGCAUCAUGGUGAGGGAGCUGCAGAAGUACAUCAAACACGAACAGGAAGAGAUCAACAGGAAGUUCCUGCUCUUCACCGACACCAUCCUGAGGAAGGUCCACGCCCUGUGUGAGGAACUCUUCUCCCCGGCCUCUCUGGACCUGAAGUUUGUGACCCCGAAGGUCAUCCGUCUCCUGGAGAUCCUCCAUGAAUACAAGCCCUUUGAGAGGCAACAGUUUGAGAGUGUGGAGUGGUACAACAACCGCAACGAGGACAACUACGUGUCGUGGAGUGACUCGGAAGACGAAGACGAGGAUGAGGAGGUGGAGGUGAAGGAGAAACCCGAGGCUAACUUCCCCUCGCCGUUCACCAACAUCCUGUGUGGGAUCAUCUUCGUUGAGAGGCGCUACACGGCCGUCGUCCUCAACCGGUUAAUAAAGGAGGUAGGGAAACAGGACCCGGAGCUGGCCUACAUCAGCAGUAACUUCAUCACAGGACACAGCAUCGGAAAGAACCAGCCACGCAACAAGCAGAUGGAGGUGGAGUUCAGGAAACAGGAAGAGGUUCUGCGUAAGUUCCGUGCCCACGAGACCAAUCUGCUCAUAGCGACCAGCAUCGUGGAGGAAGGUGUAGAUAUUCCCAAGUGUAACCUGGUGGUGAGGUUUGACCUGCCCACUGAGUACAGGUCCUACGUUCAGUCUAAAGGCCGAGCCAGAGCCCCUGUCUCCAACUACAUCAUGCUGGCUGAAAGUGAGAGGACCAAGACCUUCGAGGAAGACCUGAAGACCUACAAGGCCAUAGAGAAGAUCCUGAGAAACAAGUGUUCCAAGGCAGCAGGGGUCGGUGACUUUGAGGUGGAACCGGUGCAGGAUGAUGACAACAUCCUGCCUCCCUACGUGCUCCGCUCUGAGGAAGGAGGGCCCCGCGUCACCAUCAACACAGCUAUCGGACACAUCAACAGAUACUGUGCCCGUCUGCCCAGUGACCCGUUUACCCACCUGGCACCUAAGUGUAAGACCAAGGAGCUGAAGGAUGGGCGCUACCAGUCAACCCUCUACUUGCCCAUCAAUUCCCCUCUACGGGUGCCCGUCGCUGGGCCAAUCAUGAACUGUGCACGACUGGCAGAGAAGGCAGUGGCGCUACUUUGUUGUGAAAAUCUUCACAAAAAAGGUGAGUUGGAUGACCACUUGAUGCCUGUGGGGAAAGAGACAGUGAAGUACGAGGAGGAGCUGGAUCUCCAUGACGAGGAGGAGACCAGUGUUCCAGGCAGACCAGGAUCCACCAAGAGGAGGCAGUGCUACCCUAAAGCUAUACCAGAGUGUCUUCGGGACAGUUACCCUGUACCGGAGCAGUCUUACUACCUGUAUGUGAUUGGCAUGGUCCUCACCACCCCUCUGCCUGAUGAGCUCAACUUCCGCCGCAGGAAGCUCUACCCUCCAGAGGACACUACCAGGUGCUUCGGCAUCUUGACUGCCAAACCUAUACCUCGGAUCCCCCACUUUCCUGUGUACACGCGGUCUGGUGAGGUGACCAUCUCCAUGGAGCUCCAGAAGGCUGGGUUCACUCUGAGUGCUGUCCAGCUGGACCUGAUCACCAGACUACACCAGUACAUUUUCUCUCACAUCCUCCGCCUGGAGAAACCUGCUUUGGAGUUCAAUCCCACGCAGGCCGACUCGGCCUACUGCGUUCUACCUCUCAAUGUUGUUGAGGAUUCCAACACUCUAGAUUUGGAUUUUAAAUUCAUGGAGGACAUAGAGAAGUCCGAGGCUCGUGUUGGCAUUCCUACCACCCAGUACACCAAGCAGAACCCCUUCACUUUCAAACUGGAAGACUACCAGGACGCUGUCAUCAUUCCACGGUAUCGUAACUUUGACCAGCCUCACCGUUUCUACGUGGCUGACGUUUACACAGACCUCACACCUCUCAGCAGGUUCCCGUCACCGGAGUACCAGACGUUUGCUGAGUACUACAAAACCAAGUACAACCUGGACCUGUCCAAUGUAAACCAGCCACUACUGGACGUAGACCAUACCUCCUCACGCCUGAACCUGUUAACCCCUCGCCACCUGAACCAGAAGGGGAAAGCCCUGCCUCUCAGCAGUGCAGAGAAGAGGAAGGCCAAGUGGGAGAGUCUACAGAACAAACAGAUCCUGGUCCCAGAGCUAUGUGCCAUCCACCCCAUCCCAGCCUCUCUGUGGAGGAAGGCUGUGUGUCUCCCCAGCAUACUGUAUCGCCUUCACUGCCUGCUCACAGCCGAGGAGCUGAGGGCCCAGACAGCCAGCGACGCUGGGGUAGGAGCCCAGACCCUGCCCUCUGACUUCAGGUAUCCAAACCUGGACUUUGGAUGGAAGAAGUCCAUCGACAGCAAGUCAUUCAUCUGUCUGCGUGAUGAGGAUGAGGAGGAGGAGGAGGAAGAGGACAGCGGUGACGAUAACUGUAAACAGCAGGGCCAGACUGUAGCCCCCGGCCCUGGACUUGCUGCUGCUGUUUCCCAGCAUCCCUGUAGUGACUGUCAUGUCUCUUCGCUGCCUGAGGGGUGCGACAUCGGCCAACGCCCCGAAGAUGACAGACCAGAGGACGAGGAGCCCCAGCAGCCAGACUCGGCCUCCCGCACUAGCAUCCUCGCUAACGGCACUGCCCUCAUUGCCAAUGACAACGGUGACCACGCACACCUUCACGACGGACGUGACAACUGCCAAUGUCUCCCGGCUGGUUCUGGUUUGCCACUAGAGAAGGAAAAAGAACUAUCAACAACACAAACCACUACCUCAGUUCUUCCUGUGCAGCCCUCUCUUAGCAUCGAGAACCAGAAUCUAACCCCAACACCCCCUCAGCCCCAGCCAGGGACCCAGCCUCCAUCCCCUCAGCCAGGGACCCAGCCUCCACCCCCGCAGCCCCAGCCAGGGACCCAGCCUCCAUCCCCUCAGACCCAGCCUCCACCCCCUCAGACCCAGCCUCCACCCCCUCACCCCCAGCCAGGGACACAGCCUCCACCCCCUCACCCCCAGCCAGGGACCCAGCCUCCACCCCCUCAGCCCCAGCCAGGGACCCAGCCUCCACCCCCUCAGCCCCAGCCAGGGACCCAGCCUCCACCCCCUCAGCCCCAGCCAGGGACCCAGCCUCUAUCCCCUCAGCCCCAGCCAGGGACCCAGCCUCUAUCCCCUCAGCCCCAGCCAGGGACCCAGCCUCCAUCCCCUCAGCCAGGGACCCAGCCUCCACCCCCGCAGCCCCAGCCAGGGACCCAGCCUCCAUCCCCUCAGACCCAGCCUCCAUCCCCUCAGACCCAGCCUCCACCCCCUCACCCCCAGCCAGGAACCCAGCCUUCACCCCCUCAGCCCCAGCCAGGGACCCAGCCUCCAUCCCCUCAGACCCAGCCUCCAUCCCAUCAGACCCAGCCUCCAUCCCCUCAGACCCAGCCUCUACCCCCUCACCCCCAGCCUCCACCCCCUCACCCCCAGCCAGGGACCCAGCCUCCACCCCCUCAGCCAGGGACCCAGCCUCCAUCCCCUCAGCCCCAACCAGGGACCCAGCCUCCAUACCCUCAGCCCCAGCCAGGGACCCAGCCUCCAUCCCCUCAGACCCAGCCUCCACCCCCUGAGCCCCAGCCUCCACCCCCUCAGCCCCAGCCAGGGACCCAGCCUCCACCCCCUCAGCCCCAGCCAGGGAUCCAGCCUCCACCCCCUCAGCCCCAGCCAGGGACCCAGCCUCCACCCCCUCAUCCCCAGCCAGGGACCCAGCCUCCACCCCCUCAGCCCCAGCCUAGCGAUGAAUGUAGACCAGGGAGGACCUCAGAGCUCCGUGAGGGCGACGGACACCACGUGAAUCAAGCUACCUCAGACUGCUGCAGCCCAGCAACGAUGACGGGGCCCGCCGGCACAGCUCCCAUCACCACAACACCUUUACCUGACCCCUCAGAGGCCCUAGAGAGCCAGGAGAUCACCACCAGCAGCUAUGUAGUGGGGGAUACCCUUGGCCCCUGCCCCAAGACCCUGGGGCCCAACCCUGGGCUCAUCCUUCAGGCCCUGACCCUGUCCAACGCCAGUGACGGCUUCAACCUGGAGCGUCUGGAGAUGCUGGGAGACUCCUUCCUGAAGCACGCCAUCACCACCUACCUGUUCUGUACCUACCCCGAUGCACACGAGGGACGACUCUCCUACAUGAGGAGCAAGAAGGUGAGCAACUGUAACCUGUAUCGUCUGGGAAAGAAGAAAGGUCUUCCUUGCAGGAUGGUGGUGUCCAUCUUUGACCCACCGGUCAACUGGCUGCCUCCUGGCUACGUGGUCAACCAGGACAAGAGCAGCGAAGACAAAUGGGACGAGGAUGAGGCCAAAGAGGAGCUCCUGGCCAACGGUAGUGCUGGAGAGGAGUUGUGUGUUGAGGAACUAGGGGAGGAGGUUCUGGAGGAGGAUGAAGAUCUGAUGUGGAAGGAGCCUAAAGACGAGGUCAACGUGGAGGACGACCUGGAGUACUACCAGGAGCACAUCAAGUUCAUCGACAACAUGCUCAUUGGCUCCGGUGCCUUCGGCAAGAAGAUUUCCCUCGGUACCUUCCCCCCUGCCCCCGCCACCCCUGGCCCAAGUCCCAGCCCCUCCGCCCGCUCCUCCUCCCCUGCAGCCGAGCCCAGCUGCGGGGAGUGGAAACCCCCCAAGAAACCUGGCCCGGUCCCCACCCCCCACUACCCCUCAGAGCCUAGUGGUGGCGGCUCAGCAGAUGAGUUUGACUACAGCUCGUGGGAUGCCAUGUGUUACCUGGACCCUAGCAAGGCAGGGGACGAGGAUGAUUUCGUGGUGGGUUUCUGGAACCCGUCAGAGGAGAACUGUGGGGCGGAGUUGGGGAAACAGUCUAUCUCCUAUGACCUGCACACAGAGCAAUGCAUCGCUGACAAGAGCAUCGCUGACUGUGUGGAGGCAUUGCUGGGCUGCUACCUCACCAGCUGUGGGGAGAGGGCUGCUCAGAUGUUCCUCUGCUCACUGGGACUCAAGGUGUUACCGGUUGAGAGGAGGAGGCUGAAGGAGAAGGGCGGGGUCAUAGAGGUCGUGAACCUUGACCUCCAGUAUGGCUGGCUGAAGAUCCCACCCCGCUGCAUCUUUGACCACCCGGACGCCGAGCUCACCCUCAACCACCUCAUCUCUGGCUUUGAGAACUUUGAGAGGAAGAUCAGCUACACCUUCCAGAACAAGGCCUAUCUGCUGCAAGCCUUCACACACGCCUCCUACCAUUACAACACCAUUACAGAUUGUUACCAGCGACUAGAGUUUCUUGGCGAUGCAAUUUUAGACUACCUCAUAACGAAGCACCUUUAUGAAGACCCGCGCCAACACUCUCCCGGCGUGCUCACAGACCUGCGCUCGGCGUUGGUCAACAACACCAUCUUCGCCUCCCUGGCCGUCCAGUACGACUUCCACAAGUACUUCAAGGCUGUGUCGCCGGAGCUGUUUUAUGUCAUCGACGACUUUGUGCAAUUCCAGCUGGAGAAGAACGAAAUGCAAGGCAUGGACUCUGAGCUUCGGCGCUCAGAGGAAGACGAGGCGAAAGAGGAGGACAUUGAGGUCCCCAAGGCAAUGGGAGACAUAUUUGAGUCACUAGCCGGAGCAAUUUACAUGGAUAGCAGAAUGUCACUGGAGACAGUGUGGCAAGUGUAUUAUCCAAUGAUGAGGCCACUUAUAGAGAAAUUCUCGGCUAAUGUCCCUCGCUCUCCGGUGCGGGAGCUGUUGGAGAUGGAGCCUGAGACAGCCAAGUUCAGCCCUGCGGAGCGGACGUACGACGGGAAGGUCCGUGUGACAGUGGAGGUCGUGGGCAAGGGCAAGUUCAAAGGCGUGGGCCGCAGCUACCGGAUUGCCAAGUCUGCCGCCGCGCGCCGGGCCCUGCGCAGCCUCAAAGCCAACCAACCUCAGGUCCCAAACAACUGAGCUUCACAUGCUAACUAGCUAGCUACUGAUGCUAGCCACUGACGCUAUCUACCUACAACUGUCGCUAGCCAGUAGCCACUGAUGCUAGCUUGCUACUGAUGUUAGCUAGUCGCCACUGAUGCUAACUACUGACGCUAACCAGUAGCUACCAGUGCUAGCAACUGAUGCUAGCUACCAACACAGUGCAGCAUUAGUCCUGUAUCUUCAGCCCUCAAUGGCACAACCAAGGCAGCCAGGGAACGUUCUGUGGAGACAUGGGGAAGUCACAACGAGAGCUGAUCUAGUUGUAAUGGAUUUCACAUUUUAUUUUAAUUUUUUUGCAAACACAAUCUUUACUUUUCUUCUGUUCUCUGCUUUGUGUAAUCACAAGAGUGCUUUAUUAACGUAUAGCAAAGUGUUAAAAAGAAAAAAAAAGGUCAGGUGUUGCUUUGUUAAUUUCUCACUUCUUUUUUAGUUUUUUUUGUUUGUUUAACCUUUGCUUUGUGUCAGUGAGAUGUUAGGCGUAUGCGUAUUAUGAGUAGUAUUAGAUUUGUACAUAGUUCAAAUCAAAGGUGUAAAUCUAAAAACGCUAUACUCCUCAGUCUGUGCACUAGUGCCAGUUUUAAAGCGGUUUUUAAAAUGCUAUUGCUAAGGAAAUGGCAAGCAGAGGCCAGACCACAAGUGAAGACGACCAGUGUGGCCCACCUCUCUGAACUCUGUCUUGAGAUGGUAUUCUUAGGAUGGGUCUAAAAUGGCACCCUAUCCCCUAUAUAGGAACCCUAUGGCUCUGGUCAAAAGUAGUGGACUAUAUAGGGAAUAGGGUGCCAUUUGGGACGUACCCUCAAUCAUUAUUGCACUUAUUCCAAUAGGGUCUGUUAUGUUCAGAAUUGUGUGGUCGGAUUGGACAACAAAAUCCUAUAUGUAACAAAAAUAUAUAUAUACAUUUAUGAUGAAAUAUAAAUAUUAUUUGCCUUACAUACUAAGGCCCUCCCUCGUAUCCUGAAAAAAAGAAUAGGAAUUCAACAUUCCCGCUUACUGUAAAUUUAAAAAUAGUUUUUAAACAGCACUCGAGGAUGCAUGUUUGUGUAGCUUAUGUAUUAAUAACCAUGGCAACUGGAUGGCUUAUAUAAACAUUUAUAAAUCUAUCAAUAUAUCUAGAGGGAAAGAGAUAUUAAAUGUUUAUUAUUAUGACAUAAGUCGACAACUUUAGUCUCAAGUAAUGUCUUUUGAUACCAAGAUUGAUCAUCUUUAUUUUGUUGGUCAUUUUGUAAGACUCAGAGCACCUUUUGAGUACAGUCUUUAGGACACAGGUUGUUCUUCUUUUUCAACAGAAUCGUGGUUCACACAUCCCUUCACUUUACCAAAGCUAAUAGAGUUGUGACGCUACAGGGUUGCACAUGUGAAGUCAGUUCCUAGGGAUAUGCAUACCAGCCUUUUUGUUUCAUUAUUUACUACAAACACAUUGUGACAUAGCGUCCACGUUAUGUGACUACAUAGCCUCUUAGACUAAAUGUCUUUUAUUUUCUCUCAAUAGUAUCAAUAAGCCCUCUUCACUUGAAUACCUCAGUUGAUUGCAUGCAUUUGUUUUUGGUGCUAUGUUUUUUGUUGUAUUAAGCUUGAAUUUCUCAUCCUUUUUGCACUGUAACUAUAAUACCUCUUUCUUUGACCUUUUUGAAAUCUGUCAGUUGGGUUGGUUGUCCUGUUCUAGCAGCCUUCAAGCUGUAGCGGUUCAGUUGCAUCGGUGUUUUCUUUGUUCUUCUUCUCUCCCUGCCCAAUUGAUUUAAUGCUUGAUGAUUUGGUCGGGUAAAACCAGAGGGUAUUCUCAUUCUGCACAUACAUAAGCCUAAACUAAUGUCUUCAGUCUCUGUUGAGCAUCAGUCCUCUUCAAAGGAAGAAGACAUGAAUUGGCCAUGAUCAGAUGGAGGGGGCCUCCUGUACUGUAGCUUGUUGAAGUAAACCGAUUGCACUCUAUAUCUCUCACCGUGUGUGGCCAGCGCAGUCUUAGUGUAUGUCGAAGGCCUUUGCAAGACUGUACGUCAGAUUCAGCCUUUUACGAUUGUCACAUGUCACACUGUGCGAUGUUACCAAAUUAAAAUCUUGAUAUCAACCUUG